CAAUUGUGUACAACAAAGGACAUUUGCAUCAGAGAAAUCACAAUACUCGGAGGAAAGUUAAUAUUUGGACCCAGUUUAGACCAACCAGCGUCAAGUAUAGAAGAACCAUUAGAGUCAUUAUAUCCACCUGAUUUUCGGGAGUUACAUAAUCUAAAUGCAUGA